AUGGUCAUGGAAAUGAACCGAAGAUUUAAGCAAACAGAACUAAUUGAAGCAGUGGAAGCCUGUAAUCCAAGCUCCAAAAUGUUUUUAGACUUUGACACACUUAUAAAAUUGCCUGGAAUUUCUACAGAUAAUCAAUUUAUUGAAAAGUUGAGAGCACAAUGUGAUUUAGGAAAAAAGUGUUUGCUGCAGAUUCAAAUUCUAUAG